AUGGAUCAGCAGGUGUUCGACGGCGACCCAUUCGUGCGUAGCAUCUCGCCGCCGGAAGAGAACACCUUCUCUGCCGAGCUGCCGUGGCCGGAUCUUGACUUCGACGCCGGCCUUUACGAGCUCCCCAAGCCGGUCGCCAACGAGACCUCCUCGGGCGGCUCAAGCUCCCAGAGGAAGCUCAACCACAACGCGUACGAGCGCGACCGCCGGAAGCAUCUCAAUGAGCUCUACUCCUCGCUCCGCUCUCUCCUCCCUGACGCCGAUCACACAGAGAAGCCCAGCAUUGCCACCACGGUGUCUGAAGUCCUCAAGUACAUUCCCGAGCUGCAGACGGAGGUUGAGAAUCUAGAGCGGAGGAAGAAGAAGCUGAUGAAUGCCAACUGCAAACGAGGAGUGGCGAACCUGAGCGGGAGCACAGCUCCCAUUGUUUCUGUUAAUUGCCUCAACGAGAUGGAAAUCAUGGUUCAGGUCAGCUUUUUGAGUAACUCGGCAGAAGCAGCUCUUCCCUUCUCCGUGUGUAUAGAAGUACUGGAAAACGAGGGUCUUCACCUGAUCAGUUCAUCCACUUUCUCCCCCACUGAGAACAGAACGUUUUAUAGCCUCCAUCUUCAGAGGAGUGAGGCCGUAAUCAGCAAGGAGUGCUCCGCGUUCUGUGAUGAGCUGAAGAAAGCCGCCAGGAGCAAGAGCAAAGCAGCACGGAUGCAGCAGUGAGUGCGACGGCUGAACGCUAGCUUCUGAGGCGUGCUGGUGAUUUGCAAGUAUUGGACUGUGGUGUUGUGCCGUGUGCUAGAUAAUAAUGAGAUG